CUCAUGCACUUGUUGGAGCCCGCGCACGCUGCCGCUCAUCUCCUAAACAGCCGUCAACAGUCUUUGAGACUGGAGGUGAUCCGAUAGGCAGGGAUUACCUCGUUGUUCGUGACCAGAUGCGUCGAUUCCAUGCGCACAUAGGAGACUGGGGUGAUCGGCUGGUAUUAGAUGCCGAGGCGGAGGAUUGUCAGGGCGAUCAGGAGACGCACCAUUGCGCGGCAUGGUGGUUUGCCCACGGGACUGCCCACCCAGAGUUACGUGCUAUCUCUAACCGUGUGAUGCACAUGUGGACGCCAGCCUCUCCUGCAGAGGGGAAUUGGGCGGCCCACGAGCGCAUUCAGACGGCAAAGUGGAGCAAGCUUGGCUUCGCCAAGCUGACACAGUUGGUUGAGAUUACGACAAAUCUCAAACUGGCUUCGUGUAGGCAGCAGGGUGGCGGGUAUGUGCUUCCGUGGGUCAUGGAUGGUGUCGACAGCGACAGACGGCAGCAGGACGAGGACGAGGACGACGGUGACCCCGAGCCUGAGGUGUGGGAAGCAAGACCUGUUGGUACCUUCAGCGAUCGAGAGAUCAGGAGGCAGAUCGAGGUUUUUCGCAAGGACGACACAAGCCGUCCAUGUGAUGUUUCAGCCGUAUUCAGGGAUAGGGCGGCCACUCUGCUCCCUUUCGACCAUGUGCCUCCUCCCCCAUCCCGGGGAGUAGAAGAGGGUUUUGCGGCAGUCGAUCAGGAUGAAGACUACGAUUGGACGGACGCAGAGGAUGUUGUGGGGGGCACAGACAGGACGGCGGAGCAGGUAUACUUCACGUACGGAGCCGGAUUAGACGGCCAUGCACUGCGGACGUCCGUCAUCACGGACGAUGUUGCAGGCGGGGCACAGGUUGACGCUGACUGCAUUCAGGACCUUCGGUUCGAUCCGAGCCACCACUCUAGGGAGCGGUCAGAGCAGCUUCGGCGAUCGCAGAGGGUGGUAGAGCAUAGCGGUCCGGCGUCUAAGCAGCCUCAUGACAUACCGGUUGUGGAGGGGACUCCGUCACAAAGUGGUCCCGCUCAGGCCACGACAUCGGACCUGCGUACCAGCAAUCUCGAUAUCGCGGGUUCGCAUGGGGACUCGCCUGUCUUACAAUGCAGAGUGGGUGACAGAGCUGAGUACAGGACGGAUGUCAGGGAGAGGGAGGAGACGGUUGAGGAGAGGGACGCUCGCCUUGAUCGCGAGGAGGAGGCACAGUUACAGUCUAUGCCUCGGUGGGAUGGCAGGGAGGAAUUGGACGUUGGUGGCGGGGGGCAGGCAGAGGUGCGAUGCGAGGGUGGUGAUGUAAGGGGUCUUGAGAUAGUCGGGGCAGACUCACGAGUUGAGAGCUCUGACGACAGCGAGGAGUGUGAGGCCACAGAGGCUAUUGUACACGACGUUAUAGUUGGCAUAUGCACGGGUGGCACAGAUGGCGGGAUUCAUGGAGGGGAGGAGGAGAUGGUGGACGAGGGCAGUGUGCCUUUAGCUCAUGACGCAACACAUGUUGAGGAGGAGUUGGUGGACGAGGGCAGUGUGCCCUUGGAUGAUGACACAGCACAUGUUGAGGAGGGAGCAGCGAUCCACGCAGGCCACAAUGCCCCAUCGGUGCGAGAUGGAGGGACUGGAGGGCAUGUUGAGGAGGAGGGAGCGGCCGUCGACAUGUCCCUCGCGGUGAUUGUAAGGACCCCGUCGAUGCGAGAUGUCGAGACUGGGGGGCAUGUUGACUCGGGCCGCCCGGUCUCUUUCUUUGUAGGUGGGUACUCCGGGGAGAUGCCUCGGUGGGAUGGCGGGGAACCGGGGAAGUGCACACCGACCCCUUUACUGGAGAGGUUGGGAACGGAGGACCCUUUCCCGUUCACCGGUGGACAGCCCUCGCCUCCCGCGUGGGCACCAGUGAGCCCUAGGUGGACUGGAUCAUCGCAGUCCGACAUCCGCGAGCGAGAUGCCUUGGACAGACAGGCGGCAAUGUUUUCAAGCGGGGUUGCCAGCAGCCAUGUGCAGCCACCACGACACCCUUUAUCUCGAGCAUUGCAUCAGGGACCAGCGUUGGCCACAGGUCGUCCACCGACUGGUGGUCGAGGCAACGAGCGGGGAUCUUCUUCAAGUCAUCGAGGUGGCGUUUUUGGGGGGUGGUCGUCUUGAAGGCGAGUGACGAACAGUUUGAGGAGGGACUACGAUAGAGGACAGGGGUUGUUCGCUCGAGGACCAUCGGGGGAGGGAGGGCCUGCAGCGCGUGCGAGUGAGGCUGGACGAUCGAGUGUCCACACAGCAGGACGUAUACUCAGAUUGGAUAGAGUUGGGACGAGAAGGACCGAGAGGGUGGUGCCGCAUCCGGCCCGAUCAGCCAUGAAAGACAGACGACAGGGACUGUCGUACACAUCGGGCGAGGAUGACUUGCAUAUGCCACAGGGGUCGAGACGUCAUGGCUCGA